CCAUGUGUGUGUCCAGCUCCACCACCAUGUCCUGCCCCAGCUCCUGCUCCAUCGUACCCUGCCCCUUCUUACGCUCCUGCAGCUUAUCCAGCUGCAUAUGCUCCUUCAGGAGGAAUACCACAGUACGCAGCACCGCCCAGCAAAUACGCAGGAAAGUAGAUAUCAGGCUCAGGCUUUUCUUUAAUGGGAAAAGAAGAUGAUU